GAGCCAAUGGGACAGGCGGGGCGGGGCGAUGGUGGCGGCGGCGGCAGCAGCGGGUUCGGUUGCGCGUGGCGCACGGGGUGGGAGCGGAGCCCAGGCCGGGAGCAGGCGCUGCAGCCAGCGACCAUGGGGAACGUGUUGGCCGCUAGCUCUCCGCCCGCGGGGCCGCCGCCGCCGCCCGCGCCCGCCCUCGUGGGACUGCCGCCGCCGCCGCCCUCUCCUCCCGGCUUCACGCUGCCGCAGCUCGGGGGCGGCCUGGGCGCUGGGGCCGGCGCGGGUCGAGGCUCGGAGCGGACGCCGGGGGCUGCGGCCGCCAGCGGCGCAGGGAGCGCGGACGAUGGGGCCUGCGGCUGCCUGCCGAACCCGGGCACGUUCGAGGAGUGCCACCGGAAGUGCAAGGAGCUGUUUCCCAUUCAGAUGGAAGGUGUCAAGCUCACGGUCAACAAAGGGUUGAGUAACCACUUCCAGGUGAACCACACAGUCGCCCUCAGCACAAUUGGGGAGUCCAACUACCACUUCGGGGUCACGUACGUGGGGACAAAGCAGCUGAGUCCCACUGAGGCGUUCCCCGUGCUGGUGGGGGACAUGGACAACAGCGGCAGCCUCAAUGCUCAGGUCAUUCACCAGCUGGGCCCCGGGCUCAGGUCCAAGAUGGCCAUCCAGACGCAGCAGUCGAAGUUCGUGAACUGGCAGGUGGAUGGGGAGUACCGGGGCUCCGACUUCACGGCCGCCGUCACCCUGGGGAACCCGGACGUGCUGGUGGGGUCAGGGAUCCUCGUGGCGCACUACCUGCAGAGCAUCACGCCGUGUCUGGCUCUGGGUGGGGAGCUGGUCUACCACCGGCGGCCCGGGGAGGAGGGCACCGUCAUGUCUCUAGCUGGGAAAUACACAUUGAAUAACUGGUUGGCGACCGUCACGCUGGGCCAGGCGGGCAUGCACGCCACAUACUACCACAAAGCCAGUGACCAGCUGCAGGUAGGCGUGGAGUUUGAGGCCAGCACGAGGAUGCAGGACACGAGUGUCUCCUUCGGGUACCAGCUGGACCUGCCCAAGGCCCACCUGCUCUUCAAAGGCUCCGUGGACAGCAACUGGAUCGUGGGCGCCACCCUGGAGAAGAAGCUGCCCCCGCUGCCCCUGACGCUGGCCCUCGGGGCCUUCCUGAACCACCGGAAAAACAAGUUCCAGUGCGGCUUCGGCCUCACCAUCGGCUGAGCCCCCCACCUCGCCGCCACGCCCUUCCUCCUCCAGAUCCCCCCCUCCCUUCCCUCCUCCUCAGGUCCGGGGGCAGCGGAAAGGAGGGGAUCCGCCACCCCAGCAGCUGAGGGGGACUCUGGAACCGGCUCCAGGAUCGGGAGCAGCAGGGGCCAUGUGCCCAGGGGGCUGGGGUCCCGGAAGGGGCUCCAGAGUCGAGGACAUGGGGUUCUGGGCACCAGGGGCAGAGGGGCCACAAACCUCAGGGAGGUGUUGGGGUGUCCCCGUCCCCCAAGGGCCCUGGGCCCGGCCCCGGGGGGCAGCAAGGAGAGGAGCUGCCAGCCCCGGUCACUCCGCCCGCCCGCCUUCCCUCCCCCCCUCCUCGGUAGAAAUCAUGUUUAUAAGUUAUGGAAGAACCCGGACGUUUUACAGAAAAAGACAAAAACAAGAACAAAAAAUAUACAUAAAAAACCAAGUGAAGUGGGA